CAUUCGGUAGCAGUAGAGUGGGUACGCUUUCUGCUGUCUCUCUAGCAAGAAGUUAGUUCCUGCUCUUCCCUGGCCGUUUCCUGUAAUCGUACAGUGUUGUGAGACGGAGAAAGCCAUGUGUGUCGAUGCAAAGCUGUUUACCUAAAAGUUGAGAGGAAUUGGACAGCUACUAUAUCUCUUCCAUCUCGGAGUCUUUUAAGCUUUCUGCCCGUCUCCCUGUGUGGAGUGGGCAAAGAUGGCAGAUCCCAUUAUGGACCUCUUUGAGGACACUCCCCUGUUUAACCUGGACGCCCUGCCGGAUGACUCCUUCUCUCAGGGUUCCUCUGACCCGGUUGAGGAAGCUCUAAAGCUGGCCUUGGGUCAGGCCGUCCCAACAGGGGAGCCAGAGUCUACUCCUGACCUUGCCGUCAGUUCCAGCCUUGGCGUUCCUGUAGCAGCUCCAGUCAUCUCAGACCCCGCUCCUGUUCACGUUCCCACCCAGCAGCCGGUGCCAGUGGCGCCUGUUCAGACUGUUUCUGUUGCUCCAGCAAUCGAAGCCGGAGCUGCAACUUUCAUGACCUCAGCUCCUGUCCCAGUUGAGACUGUGCCACAGUUGCAGGCCCAGUCAACCAUCCCUGUUGCCAGCAACACCAGUGGGGUUUCCAGUACCACUGUCCUGCUGAGCUCACCUCUGACUGUUUCCAGCUCUCCAGCUACCACCACCACUGCCACCACGCAGCAGCUGACUCAGAUAACCCACCAGCUCACUCCUCAGCAGUUAGCCGCCAUCACACAGCAAGCUGGUGGGAAAAUCGUUAUUCUCAAAGGUCCGCAGGGUCAGGCCCAGGUGCUGCAGGCUGUAUCAGGAACAACGGGGCAGACGGGCGGUAAGGUCAUCCGUCUGUUGUCUGGCACCACACUCAAGCCUGGUAUGUCCAUACUGCAGGGAGGUACAGUUUUAAAUCAGGCUAGCCCAGGACAAACCCAAGUCAAGGUGGGUGCUACAGGGGUGCAGCGACUGCUGCAGUCUGCCAACGGGCCUGUCAAACAAGUGUUGCUGACAUCCAUGCCCCAGCAGACGCACGGUCAGUCAGUACAGGUGCAGAUUCCAGCCCAGGCACAGAUGUCCCAAGGUCAGACUACUGUCCAGGUUCAACCUCAGGCCCAGAUCCAGAUCCAACCCCAGGCCCAGAUCCAGAUCCAAGCCCAAGCUGCCCAAAUCCAGGUCCAACCUCCAGGCCAGGCAGCUCAGACCCAGGUCCAGACACAGGGUCAGGUGCAGCUCCAGCCUGCCAUGCAGGGCCAGGCACAGGGUGGCGAAGCAAAGCGCAUCACCCUGGUUCUCCAGCAGCCGUCGCAAGCCGGUUCUGCCACACCAGGGGGUCAAGCUGUCACUGCUCAACAGCAAGUCACACCAGGAGGUCAACAGCAGCAAACACAGACCCCUGCAAGACUAGUGCUGGGUCAGCUCCCGAGUGGCAAACUGGUGCUCCAGGGAAGCCAACUAGCGGCGCUGACCCAGGCUCGGGCUGCAGGUCAGGCCGGAGGGCAGCCCAAAGUCCUCACAAUUCAGCUGCAAGUACAACAGCAGCCCAACCAACAAGGUGGAGUUAAGUACCAGCUGGUAUCGGGAACUGGCGGCACUGGCGGCCCUCAGGUGUUGCAGAUAUCCCAGGGCCAAGGAGGACAGAGGGUGGCUGUACCUCUCAAAAUGCUUCUCCAGCCGCAGACAAGUUCAGCCACGUCUUCUGGCGGCACCGUCUCCGUGGUGAAGGUCAUCAACCCUUCGACAGCAGCCCCCUCUGCUACAACCACCUCUCCAUCGCAGGCCAUCCGCAUCACCAAGGCUCCCGGCGAGCCUGCGGCUGUCCGACGCGUGGAGAUUCUUUGCAAGCAGGAGAAGGCGAAUCGAAUAGUGGCUGAAGCCAUAGCUCGGGCCAAAGCACGUGGCGAGAAGAACCUACCCAGAGUCCUGAAUCAGGACGAGCUUCCGACUACACAAACCUCACCGGAGAUGGGAGGGGUCCUGACUGUAGUGUCUGCCGCUAAGAAAAAAAGCAGCUGUGGGGGGAGCAAAAAGAAAAGUCCAGUAUCUGGAGGACCCAUACCCAAAAUUAUUGUAGGGACUGACAAGAAGGGCAAAGUGUUGAAGAUAUCAGGAGGAACUAUUGCAGUAAGUGGUGGUCCAGUUAUACCUGGAGCUGGGAACAAAAGCAAAAGCAAGGUUAAAGCAAACACUAUAACCCUGGUAGGAGCAAAGAAAAGAAAAAGAAACGCAUCUUCAGAUGUCUCUGAUGGGGAGCUGAGCCCACCUUCACCUGUCGCGCUGGAGGAUGACAUGAUUAUGAAGAGGCGCUCCAACCGGGUGGUGAAGAGGAAGAAGUACACGGAAGACUUGGACAUUAAAAUAACCGAUGACGAGGACGAGCAGGAAGACGUAGACGUAACCACGACCGCAGCAGCUGUCGCCUCGAUUAGUGGAGGGGCCGCAGCUCAGCUGAAACAGGAAGUUGAGCUCGAUGGCGACGGACUGCCCAGCAUGCAGUUCUUUGUGGAAAAUCCGAGUGAGGAAGAUGCCGCCAUCGUAGACAAAGUCUUGUCAAUGAGGAUAAUCAAGAAGGAGGUGUCUCCAAGCCAUUAUACUACUGCUGAGGAGUUCUUUGUUAAAUACAAAAACUAUUCAUACUUGCAUUGUGAGUGGGCCACUUUGGAGCAGCUGGAGAAAGAUAAGAGGAUCCAUCAAAAGAUCAAGAGGUUCAAGACCAAGCACGCACAGAUGAGGCAUUUAUUCCAGGAGGAUGAGGAGCCUUUUAACCCAGACUACGUAGAAGUUGACCGGAUCCUCGAUGUGUCCCACAGUGUGGACAAAGACAACGGCGAGCCCGUCAUCUACUACUUGGUGAAGUGGUGCUCUCUGCCAUAUGAAGACGCUACCUGGGAGCUGAAAGAGGAUGUCGAUGAGGGAAAAGUUGAAGAGUUCGGCAAAAUCCAAAACAGGCAGCCUCGCCUGAAGAGAACGGCCCGGCCUGCUGCCAGUGCAUGGAAGAAGUUAGAGGAGACCCGAGAGUACAAGAACGGCAACACACUAAGAGAGUAUCAGCUGGAAGGAGUCAACUGGCUGCUAUUUAACUGGUACAACAGGCAAAACUGCAUCCUGGCAGACGAGAUGGGUCUGGGGAAGACCAUCCAGUCCAUUACGCUGCUGUCAGAGGUAUACGCUACUGGAAUCCAAGGCCCCUUCUUGGUUAUUGCUCCCCUAUCCACCAUCACCAACUGGGAGCGGGAGUUCUCCACAUGGACCCACAUGAAUGCCAUUGUGUACCAUGGAAGCCUCGCCAGCCGACAAAUGAUCCAGCAAUAUGAGAUGUACUGCAAAGAUGACAAGGGACAUUUAAUCCCAGGUGCGUACAAGUUCGACGCCCUCAUCACAACGUUUGAGAUGGUUCUCUCCGACUGCCCAGAGCUGAGGGAGAUCGCCUGGCGCUGCGUGAUCAUCGAUGAGGCGCACCGUCUUAAAAACCGGAACUGCAAGCUGUUGGACAGCUUGAAGAUGCUGGACCUGGAGCACAAAGUGCUGUUGACCGGCACUCCUCUUCAGAACACCGUAGAGGAACUUUUUAGUCUUCUUCAUUUCCUGGAGCCAGCUCAGUUUCCCUCUGAAAUUGAAUUUCUUAGAGAGUUUGGAGACCUCAAAACAGAGGAACAGGUCCAGAAACUCCAGUCCAUUUUAAAACCUAUGAUGUUGCGCAGACUCAAAGAAGACGUGGAGAAGAACUUGGCCCCCAAGCAGGAGACCAUUAUUGAGGUGGAGUUGACUGAUAUCCAGAAGAAGUACUACCGGGCCAUUCUGGAGAGGAACUUCAGCUUCCUGAGUUUAGGAGCCAACAGUAACAGCAACGUCCCCAACCUGCUCAACACAAUGAUGGAGCUCCGAAAGUGCUGCAACCACCCCUACCUCAUUAAUGGUGCGGAAGAGAAGAUUGUGGCAGAGUUGCGAGAAAAGUAUGACCCCCUGGCCCCCGACUUUCAUUUGCAGGCCCUAAUUCGGUCCGCUGGCAAACUGGUGCUACUUGAUAAACUGCUGCCUCGCCUCAAGGCUGGUGGCCAUAAAGUGCUCAUCUUCUCUCAGAUGGUGCGCUGUUUAGACAUUCUAGAGGACUACCUCAUCAACAAGAGAUACCUUUAUGAGCGAAUUGAUGGAAGAGUGCGAGGGAACCUGAGACAGGCAGCCAUCGAUCGCUUCAGCAAGCCAGAUUCCGAUCGUUUUGUCUUCCUCCUUUGUACCCGUGCCGGCGGUCUGGGUAUUAACCUGACUGCUGCUGACACCUGUGUCAUAUUUGACUCGGACUGGAAUCCUCAAAAUGACCUGCAGGCCCAAGCAAGAUGUCAUCGUAUCGGUCAGUCAAAGGCAGUCAAGGUCUACCGUCUCAUCACAAGGAAUUCCUAUGAGAGAGAGAUGCUGGACAAAGCAAGCCUGAAGCUUGGUUUGGACCGUGCUGUUCUGCAAAGCAUGAGUGGCAACAAGGACAGCAACGUCAAUGGGCUCCAGCAGUUCUCCAAGAAGGAAAUCGAGGACCUCUUGAGGAAAGGAGCUUAUGCCGCCAUCAUGGAUGAAAACGAUGAAGGCAGUCGGUUCUGUGAGGAAGAUAUUGACCAGAUCCUUCAGCGACGAGCCACUACAAUUACUAUUGAGAGCGAAGGCAAGGGUUCUACUUUCUCCAAAGCCAGCUUCGUCGCAUCUGAGAACCGCACUGACAUUGCUCUGGAUGACCCUGAGUUCUGGCAAAAGUGGGCCAAGAAAGCCGAUAUCGACAUGGAUUCCUUUAAUCAAAAGAACACUCUUGUGAUUGACACUCCCAGAAUUCGGAAACAGACCCGUCAGUACUCCAGUUUACGCGGCGAAGGAGGAGACCUGUCUGAUUUGGACAGUGACGACGAGUAUCCGCCUGCCAAUUCCAGACACUCGCGGUCUUCUCGCCGCUCCGAUCGCCACAGCGGGGGAGGCUAUGGCCGUACCGACUGUUUCCGGGUGGAGAAACACCUGCUUGUCUAUGGAUGGGGCCGCUGGAGGGACAUCUUGGCCCAUGCCAGAUGUAAGAGGCGUCUGAGUGAACGUGACGUAGAAACCAUCUGCCGUGUCAUCCUGGUGUUUUGUCUAAUGCACUAUCGUGGCGACGAGAACAUAAAGAGUUUCAUCUGGGAGCUCAUUACUCCACCAGAGAAUGGUCGUGAACCCCAAACACUACUAAACCACUCUGGCCUUUCUAUCCCGGUUCCAAGAGGUAGGAAAGGUAAGAGAGUCAAGGCCCAGAGUACAUUUGAUGUUCAGAAGGUGGAGUGGAUCCGCAAGUACAACCCUGACACUCUGCUGCUUGAUGAUAGCUACCGCAAACACCUGAAGCACCAGUGCAACAAAGUGUUGCUCAGGGUCCGCAUGCUCUACUACCUAAAACAGGAGGUCAUUGGUGAACAUGCAGAUUCUGUCCUGAAGGGGGCUGAUAUCAGGGAUGUUGAUAUCUGGAUGCCAGAGAUGGAACAGCAGGAGGUGCCUGCUGCUUGGUGGGACUCUGAUGCAGACCGCUCACUGCUCGCUGGUGUCUUCAAACAUGGUUAUGAGAUGUACACUACCAUGCGGGCGGAUCCCUGCCUCUGCUUCGUAGAGAGAGUUGGUCGGCCAGACGACAAGGCCAUUGAUGCUGAGCAGCACACUGGGGAUGCUGAGCUGGGAGAUGACGCUGACUUUGAUAAGUUCUCAGAGGAUCCAGAGUUCAAGCCAGCAUCUAGACUCUCCAAAGAUCUUUUUGAUGAGCCUGACUCUAUGAACGUGGAUGACGAGAUUUCAGUGGAAGAUAAGACUAUACCAGUGGGGACAGAAAGCGCAACGAGUCAGAGUGGAGUGUGCGAGUGGCCCUCCAGCUCAUCGCUAACGGCACGAUUAAGGCGACUGAUCACCGCGUAUCAACGCAGCUACAGACAGGAACAGCUGAAGAUCGAAGCUGAGGCCAAAGGCGACCGCAGGCGCAGGAGGUGCGAACAAGCCAGCAAACUAAAGGAAAUUGCACGGCAGGAGCGACAGCAAAGAUGGACCCGGAGAGAAGAGAGCGAUUUCUACCGUGUGGUAUCUACGUUUGGAGUGGAGAAGAUCAAGAAGGAGCCUGGUGUUUCCGAGGAGAGAGAGGCGGAGUUCGAUUGGACCCGUUUCCGAACGUUUGCCCGUCUGGAUAAAAAAACCGACGAGAGCCUAAGUCGAUACUUCCGUUCAUUUGUCGCGAUGUGCCGGAGGGUGUGCCACCUCCGCCCAGGUCGGGAGGAUUCGUCAGAGCUAACUCAGACUGUGGCUCCCAUCACAGAGGAACGUGCCUCCCGUACUCUUUACCGCAUCAGCCUUCUGCGACGCCUUCGUGAGCGAGUCCUUCCCCACCCCUCCCUGGAGGAGCACCUCCUCCUGGCCCCACGCAGCUCUGAGUUGCCCGCUUGGUGGACCAUGCCAGACCACGAUCGGCAGCUAAUGCUCGGCGCUGCGUUGCACGGUGUAAGCCGCACUGAGCUCUCCAUCUUCUCAGACCCACAAUUCACUUUCAGCUCGGCACGUGACGAGUUCAUCCAGAAUCAGCAGGCUCUACCUCCACCGCCACCCCCUCCACCCAUCAUGACAUUUAGCCAGCCCAAGUCUGAGUUGGAACUACCUGGAGUGAAGGUGGAGGGAACCGAUGAGAGUCCCCAACUGUUUGGGGGAGGGAUCAGUACUGCGCUGCAGAGUACACCCUUGAGUCACCUCGGCAGCAAACUGCAAGGUCAGGACUGGAGCUUCAAAAGCAGCAGGGAAUCAACAGAAAAACCAGGAAGGAAAGGUGACGGAGGGUCUGAUUCAGAUUCAGAUUCUGACUCAGGCUCAUCAUCCUCGGAGCGAUCAGGGAGCAGCGAUGAAAGUGGGGACAGUGACGAGGAGGUGGAAGGAGGGGCUAUGAAGGUUGGAAAUGUGGAUGAAGAAAAUAGUUUACUCUCCAUGACUCCAUCUCAGAAUAGCAUACUUCCACCUGAACCAAUCAGACUUGACUGGCCCAAGGACCGUGUGCUGAUCAACCGCCUGGACAACCUGUGUAACCUCGUGCUGACCGGUCAGUGGCCCUCGGGGCGGCGUUACAUUCCCGAAGCUCAGCUCCACCAGAGCUCGGAGCUGGUGGGAGAGGAGAUGGCUUACACCAGGGUCAUCCGUAAACCCAGCAGCACACCAGGCGGCAUCGGAGCUGAGGGAGAAGACGGAGAGUUCACUGUAAAACUUCUCAAGGAGGAGGGCCUGAAGCUGACGUUCUCCAAGCAGGCUCUGAUGCCCAAUGGGUCAGGAGGAGAGGGCAGCGGGCGCAAGAAACGCAAAGACCAAGAGUUAUCCGAGCUAGACGGAAUCCAUGAUCCGCUGGAGCGUACUCCUCGACGAAGGGACCCUCCCACGUGGUUGAAAGAGAAUCCAGAUUAUGAGGUGGAAGGAGACAUGUUGGAGCUGCUGGUGAACAGGAGCAAGAGGAAGAGGAGGCGGCGAGCAAAUAAACCCCUGACAGGCACUGAGAAGGUCAAGGUCAUUAACAUGCUGACAGGAAAGAAGGUUGGAGCUGCUUUCUGUCCGAUGCUGCAGGAUCUGAAGGAGUAUCUGGAGGAGAAUCCUAACAUUGCUGUUGCACCUGACUGGUCUGAAACAGUUCAAAAAUCUGGUUUGUUGCCCGAGUCCCUCUUCCACCGGCUGCUGACGGAGAAUUCGGAGAUUCCGAAGAAAAGUCAUCGGCGGCGUCACCACCACCAUCACCACCACCAUCACCAUCAUUACCACACUCCUGAGCCCACACCUGAAGACCCAAACCUGGACGGAGUAGAAGAAGAGACCUUGGUUUCGGAUGGAGCCUAUAUGAUGGACGAGGAGGACUUGGAGACGUCCCACCACUUCCUCACCAGCCCAGACUUUGACGUUAAAAUGGAGGGUGGCGACAGCCUCUCCCAAGGUGACUAUGACAGCUCGGAUCAAGAAGCGCUGCUGGAUGACGUCAUCAUGGCGCAGAAGGACUCUGACUCUUCAUCAAGCUCGGAGGACUGAUUGAACUCCGAACACAUCUGAAUUAUCCCCCUUUCAAAAUGAAAUCAUGCUAUUCCACAACCUUUGUUUUUUACCAACAUGUAACAAAUUAUGAAUUUUUUGUUUUGUCUUUGCUACCUUUAUUCGUUUAUUUUAUUUAGGAUUAUUUCUGUGUAAAGAGCAGGUGUCCAUCCCUUAGUUUAUUUUAUUUUUUCCAUCGCAGUCAUGUUGCACCAAGCUCUUCUCGAUCUUCCUCAUGACGUUGCUGAGCUGAGUGCUCUCUCUUGUCGACUCGUCAAUUUCUUCUCUUCCAUCCAAACCCAUGGAUUCCCAUCACAUUCCCUAACGUGACCAAAAGGGGACCCUGGCUGUAUAGACACACUUUUCAUAUCUUUAAAAAGAAAAACCUCAAAGCUGGUCCUCGAGUGCUACAUGAAACUGGACACAUGUACUGAGCAGAGACAGAUCCCUCAAUCGGCCUCUCACCAGAGGAGCCUGUAAACUAAUAGGGGGUCCAGUGUGUGGAUAUACUGUUGGUGUGUUCACUCUGUGGGAAGGGUUGUUGGUUGAGAAGGAAGGGAAAGGGAAAAGUGGUGUAUUAGUUACUGAAGCAGUGUGAGGAGGAUGGGUGUAUUGUAUAAUGUAGAGCUUGUCAGUUGUGUACUAUGGUGCAAAUGUUGACGGCUGUGAGUUAUUCUUGUUUUAUGAUCUGACUGUAUCUGUGAUAUGAAUAACAGCUAUCUACAGUGAAAAA